CAUCCAGCUAUUUCUAGGCAGGGACAGCUGCUAUAAGAUCGCGGACAAGGUAGUAUAUAAAGGGAAAGAAUAGAUGUUGUACGGAUAGAAGUAAAUACAGGGAUAUACUGGAGACAUACAGGUACUGUAUAAUAGAAUGUAUUUAGAUAAGAAAUGUAUUACCAGCCUCUAACUCUUCUCUUCCCUCUAGUAUCUACUGGCCAUGGUCCUCAUCUACUUCCGAAGAGCCAACCUGCGUACGGAGGAAUAUAACACCUACUUCUUUCCAGCGCUCUUUCUUGCCAACCAGUUUGAAGAGGAUGAGAUGUUUCGACGCGAGAUCUACCCCUGGGCCCUCGGACCGAUGUGGACGGCGAUAAAGACCUGGAUGCUACACCUGCGGAACCUGCUGCUCCUCCGGAUGAGAUUCCACGCUUGGGUGACCAGAGACACCUGUGAUCGGAUCAUGGCACAAGACCCCGAGUACUGGGCAUGGAAGAGAGAGCGGAAGGAACAUCACGGCUGGGCCAUACGCUGGUACCUGAGGGAUCCUGGAGAAUACAUCCCGAGAGGCCCAUGGUGGAUCCCUCCCGCCUGCUCCAUCUGUAUCACCGAUCUGCAGCCUUGUGCCGGGGAAGAGAACACCAAGCGAAGAAGGACGAAGAAAGAAGAACAGAACGGAUGAAGACCAAGCCGCCCCAGAUGUAUUCUUAAGGGCACGUUCCCACUUGGCAUAUAUGUGUAUUUGACGCUGAACAAA